GUCGCAGGCUUUCCUGACGGACUGUUUACAAAGUUACAACACAGGAAGUUUGCUUUGACAGCGGAGAGCGUAAUGCGUUGGGGACUGCAGAUUCACAUGGUAGAAUAGUUAAUUCUUCAAUACAUCGUUAAGUUGAUGCUUAAACAGGAGCGACAAUGUUCGCGGGGCUGCCUGAGCUCGGGAUAUCCAACGGAGAGGAUCUUAAAGAAACUCUCACCAACUGUACGGAGCCCCUGAAAGCCAUUGAUCAGUUUCAGAUGGAAAAUGGCAUCCUGCUGCCAACCCUCCAGUCAGCUCUUCCCUUCCUCGACCUCCAUGGAACACCUCGGCUCGAGUUCCACCAGUCUGUCUUUGAUGAGCUUCGAGACAAGCUGAUGGAACGAGUUGCCAUCAUUGCGGAGGGCAAGGACGAGGACAGAUAUGGGAAGCUUGAAGAACUGCUGGAGAAGAGCUUUCCCCUUGUCAAAAUGCCAUCCAUUCAGCCAGUGGUGAUGCAGGUGCUGAAGCAUCUACCCAAGGUGCCAGAAAAGAAACUGAAGAUGGUGAUGGCUGAUAAGGAGCUGUACAAAGUGUGCGCUGUAGAGGUGAAAAGGCAGAUCUGGCAGGACAACCAGGCUCUGUUUGGGGAUGAAGUCUCACCCCUCCUAAAGCAGUACAUUGUGGAGAAGGAAGCAGCCUUGUUCAGCAGUGAUCUCUCCAUCUUGCACAAUUUCUUCAGCCCAUCUCCUAAAACACGACGGCAAGGCGAGGUGGUCCUAAAACUGACACAGAUGAUUGGAAAGAACGUAAAGCUGUAUGACAUGGUGCUGCAGUUUUUACGAACACUCUUCCUGCGAACACGGAAUGUCCAUUACUGCACACUGAGAGCAGAGCUGCUGAUGUCUCUUCACGACCUGGACAUCAGUGAGAUCUGCUCCGUAGACCCCUGCCAUAAGUUUACUUGGUGUUUAGACGCCUGCAUCCGUGAGAAGUUUGUGGAUGGCAAGCGAGCCAGAGAGCUGCAAGGUUUCCUGGAUGGAGUGAAGAAAGGACAAGAGCAAGUCCUCGGGGACCUGUCCAUGAUCCUGUGUGACCCGUUUGCUUGUAAUACCCUGGUCCUGAGUAUCAUGAGGAACCUGCAAGAGCUGCUGAGUCAGGACGCUUUACCAAGGGAUAGUCCAGACCUGAUGCUGCUGCUGAGGAUGCUGUCACUGGGUCAGGGGGCGUGGGACAUGAUUGACAGCCAGGUGUUUAAAGAGCCUCGUUUGGAUUUGGAGGUGGUGACCCGCUUCCUGCCUGCCAUGAUGUCAGUGGUUGUUGAUGAUCACACCUUCACUGUAGAACAGAAGCUUCCCAGUGAAGAGAAGAGUUCAUUAACAUACCCCACCACACUGCCUGAUACCUUCAACAGGUACCUGCAGGAGAACAGAGUGGCCUGUGAAAUGGGUCUCUACUACGUCCUCCACAUUGCCAAACUGAGGAACAAGAAUGCCUUACAGAGGUUACUGCCUCCCCUGGUGGAGACCUACAAUGACAUGGCCUUUAGCGACAUCUUCCUGCACCUGCUGACUGGACACCUCACCCUCCUCUCUGAUGAGUUUGGAUCAGAAGAAUUUUGUUCUGUUGUCUUUGAUGGCUUCCUUCUUACUUCUUCUUCCAGUAAAGAGAAUGUCCAUAGACACACCCUCCGGAUGUUGCUGCAUCUACACCACAAAGUGCUGCCAUCAUACAUGGAAACUUUGAUGAAAACUCUGGAACCUCCAAAACAGGGGCAGCAGGCCGAGGACAAGGCACCCCAGACAUCCCUCUCCCCAGCAGCACUUUCCACCUUCUCCUGGGGGACCCCAAGGCGUUCCCAGGACAGAUGAGAGAUGUAAUCCCUCCAGCGUGUUCUGGGUCUGCUCUUAGGCCUCUUACCAAUGGGACGUGCCAGGAAAACCUCCAGUGGGAGGCUCCCAGGAGGCAUCCUGAUCACAUGCCCGAACCACCUUAACUGACCCCUCUCGACGCGAAGGAGCAGCGGCUCUACUCUGAGCUCCCUCCGGAUGUCCAUGCUCUCUAACGCUGGGUGCACAACCUAUUUUUCCUGUUUUAACGGAGCGUCUCCCCAGUGCAUUCCCCACCCCCAGAACAACGCCGCGAGGUUCCGUCGUUGAUGGACCUGGCCAGAUACGGGCAGCUAGCUAGCGUGCUGUCGGCAAGAGCUGUUAGCGAAGUCAUCUAGCAGAAGAGCUAGCAAUAUCUUCCUGCGAAGAUCUCUCAUGUUGACUGUCACUGUACCAACUGAACUGAGAUGAGUUGAGUAGUGUACUAUUGAAAGAGCUGGUAUAUAUAGAAAUGAAUGCGAAAUUCGAAAAUAUAGAGUAAUUAUCAACCGCAUAGAAAUCAACCUAUGGUCAACAAUCACUUUUAAUAGUGGAAAAAAAGCUUAUGCUUAUUUUUCUUUUGCAUAAAUAAAUGAAAUAUUGUUUGUUUACAACUGCGAUUGCAAUUUAUUUCCUACUUCCGGCACUGUAACGCUCCGUUUCUCCCAUCUCCUCAACGCCCGAGUAGGAAAAAUCCAACUCUUCUACGGUCCGACGGUCAACGGAACCGCUGCUGUGCUGCGCGCUAGUCCGUUACUGUCCGUCAUUUUCACCUCCAUUGGAAUGAAUGACUUUCAGUCAGCAUCAAUCUGUCAAUGCAUUAGGUUGUGCACCCGUCUUAAAGGGGAAGUUCCGUUUUUUACAACCUGGACCUUAU